GGGAGCAAGCUGCGGGUGUGCAGCGUGUGGGGUGGAGAGCGCUGCGCGGUGGCCCUGGUCGGUGUGUGUGCGCACGUGUGCGUGGACCUUCUGGGGUACCGAGGCACAGCGAGCUCUCCCAUGGGAGUCCAGUGUGCCCAGGGGCGACGGGAGUGUACCCGCGGAGUACCGCGUGCAGCCUGGGCAGUGCGGCGGGCUGGAGCCGCAGGGUGAAGCGUGGGCGCGCGGGUCUUUGUGCCCGCGUGUGGUGGAGCAUGUCAGGGCGAGUGUGUGCGUGUGUGUGGGCGCCGCCUCCUGCUGUCCCGGGAGCUGUCAGCUGUCCGGGGGCUGCUGCAUCGGUCAGGCCCUUCCCGCCCCGCGCCUGGUCCCUUCCAGGAACCCUCCCUCUCUUGGCUCUCAGCCUCUCCACUGCGCUGCGGCCGGGACCCGCCCCUGGGUUCCUCGAAAGUCUGGAGGGGUGCUGGAGGGGACCCUAGAGGCUCCCUGCCUGGCCCGUCGCAGCUACCCUGGGAGCCAAGAGAGGCGGGAAGAGAGGGAGGCGCCGCGAAGAUGCUGCCGCAGCCACAGCGGGCGAGCCGAGCUUGGACCAUCCUGUCCCCGCCCUGCGCACCCAGCCUCGCCUCCCCCUCUGCCUUCCUGGGAAAGCCGGUUCCCUACGCCCCCGCCCCAGGCCUUCAGCAUUCCUCAUCACCCAUCCUCUCUCGAGGCAGGCUGUCUCUCCUACCUUCUCCCUUCCUGAUGCCCUCCUUUUCUCACACCCUGGAGCCCCUGGACAGGGGCUGAGGGCCAGGCAGUGGAGUGACCGCCGCUCCCCAGGAGCCCUCUGCCCCACCUCCCCAGGCGGGCAGUGGAGCUGGCACUGCCCCUGGGCGUGCCAUGCGCAGCACCACACUACUGGCACUGCUGGCGUUGGUCCUGCUCUACUUGGUGUCGGGUGCCCUGGUGUUCCGGGCCCUGGAGCAGCCGCACGAGCAGCAGGCCCAGAGGGACCUGGGGGAGGUCCGAGAGAAGUUCCUGAGGGCCCAUCCAUGUGUGAAUGAGCGGGAGCUGGGGGACUUCAUCAAGGAUGUGGCUAAAACCCUGGGAGGGGGUGCAGACCCAGACACCAACUCGACCAGUAACAGCAGCCACUCAGCAUGGAACCUGGGCAGCGCCUUCUUUUUCUCGGGGACCAUCAUCACCACCAUCGGCUACGGCAAUGCAGCCCUGCGCACAGAUGCUGGGCGCCUCUUCUGCAUCUUCUAUGCGCUGGUAGGGAUCCCACUGUUUGGGAUCUUGCUGGCAGGGGUCGGGGAUCGACUGGGCUCCUCCUUGCGCCACGGCAUUGGUCACAUCGAAGCAAUCUUCCUGAAGUGGCAUGUGCCACCAGAGCUGGUGCGAGUGCUCUCUGCGAUGCUCUUCCUGCUGAUCGGCUGCCUGCUCUUUGUCCUCACGCCCACAUUCGUGUUCUGCUAUAUGGAGGACUGGAGCAAGCUGGAGGCCAUCUACUUUGUCAUAGUGACACUCACCACCGUGGGCUUCGGUGAUUAUGUGGCCGGCGCUGACCCCAGACAGGACUCUCCAGCCUACCAGCCGCUGGUGUGGUUCUGGAUCUUGCUCGGCCUGGCCUACUUUGCCUCGGUGCUCACCACCAUCGGAAACUGGUUGCGAGUGGUGUCCCGCCGCACUCGGGCAGAGAUGGGUGGCCUCACGGCGCAGGCUGCCAGCUGGACUGGCACAGUGACUGCGCGGGUGACCCAGCGAGCCGGGCCCACUGCACCACUGCAAGAGAAGGAGCCGCCACUCCUGCCCCCACCGCCCUGUCCAGUGCAGCCAGUCCUCAAACCUCAAUCCCCUUCACCCCCGGAGAAGGUCCAUACGCCUUCCCCGCCGACAGCCUCCGCCCUGGACUACCCCAGCGAGAAUCUGGCCUUCAUCGACGAGUCCUCGGACACGCAGAGCGAGCGCGGCUGCGCGCUUCCUCGAGCGCCGCGGGGUCGUCGCCGCCCCAACCCACCCAGGAAGCCAGCGCGACCCCGGGGGCCCGGACGUCCCCGAGACAAAGCCGUGCCAGUAUAGGGGCAGGAUCCCUGGCCUCUCAAAGGACUUUGUUCCUGCUGUGUCCCCGGCAUGCUUGGCUUGUUUGACCAAAGAGCCCUCUUUCAAUGGGACUGAAGCCUGGGAGGAGGCUACCGGUUGCCAGCGACCUCUCGCCCUGGCCCCUUCCUCACCUCCAUCCAUUUCCAGACCCCCAAGCCUUUUCUGUCUCGCUGCUCUGGCCGGGCCUGUCCCUCACAACACCUCACGACUGUGCCUCAAAGCCUGCAUCAAUAAACAUCAGUCUGCACCGCCGCGGGCGUGCGCUCGGG